AUUUUCUGAUUCUUUUAUUUGAAAUGGUGCCAAUUUAUUGUGGCGCCCGUUACAGAAGAAAAAACGCAAAACCCUAGCAAGAGGAUGAGGUGACAAAGUCAAUAUCCACUGUCCAUCCACUAUCUUCACUUCACCAAUAAAUACUACUCCACUCGUAUAUAACUACGCAACACGCUACUGUCCUGCUUAGGGCUUUCGACUCACAGAAAAUGGACGCCGCACAGGAGGCCCACAACAGGGAAGCAUUCCGGCAGGCGGUGGUCAACACCCUCGAGCGCCGUCUCUUCUACAUACCCUCCUUCAAGAUCUACCGCGGCGUCGCCGGCCUCUACGACUACGGCCCUCCUGGCUGCGCCGUCAAGUCCAACGUACUCGCCUUCUGGCGUCAGCAUUUUGUUUUGGAAGAGAACAUGUUAGAAGUCGAUUGCCCUUGUGUAACACCAGAGGUUGUGCUAAAGGCGUCAGGUCACGUGGAUAAGUUUACUGACCUCAUGGUUAAGGAUGAAAAGACUGGUACAUGUUACCGUGCUGAUCACUUACUCAAAGAUUUUUGCAAGGAGAAGCUCGAGAGAGAUCCUAAUAUCACAGCAGAGAAGGCAGCAGAAUUCAGGCAUGUUAUGGCCGUACUGGAUGAUCUUUCUGCCGAAGAAUUGGGUGCAAAGAUUAAGGAAUAUGGGAUUACUGCUCCUGAUACCAAGAACGCUCUGUCUCCUCCCUAUCCAUUCAACUUGAUGUUUCAGACCUCUAUAGGUCCAUCUGGUUUGAGCCCUGGGUAUAUGCGGCCCGAAACAGCACAAGGCAUUUUUGUGAACUUCAAGGAUUUAUAUUACUAUAAUGGCAACAAGCUCCCUUUUGCUGCUGCUCAGAUUGGUCAAGCUUUUAGGAAUGAGAUAUCUCCUCGCCAAGGCCUGUUAAGAGUUCGUGAGUUUACAUUGGCAGAGAUCGAACAUUUUGUGGAUCCUGAGGACAAGUCUCACCCAAAAUUUUUUGAGGUCUCAAACCUGGAAUUUCUUAUGUUCCCAAGAGAAGAUCAGGUGUCUGGACAAUCAGCCAGGAGAGUACGAAUUGGUGAAGCAGUUACUGAGGGUAUUGUCAACAACGAAACACUGGGCUACUUUAUUGGGAGGGUUUAUUUAUUCUUGACACACCUUGGUAUAGAUAGGGAGAGGUUACGGUUUCGCCAACAUCUUGCAAAUGAGAUGGCACACUAUGCUGCUGAUUGUUGGGAUGCUGAGAUUGAAUGCUCUUAUGGGUGGAUUGAAUGUGUUGGCAUUGCUGAUAGAUCUGCAUAUGAUUUGCGUGCUCACACGGAUAAAAGUGGAGUGCCUCUUGUGGCAGCUGAAAAAUUUUCAGAACCUAUUGAAGUGGAGAAACUUGUUAUAACUCCAGUUAAGAAGGAGCUGGGUCUUGCAUUCAAGGGUAACCAGAAGAUGGUGGUCGAAGCAUUGGAGGCAAUGGGGGAAAAAGAAGCUAUGGAAAUGAAAGCCACUUUGGAGUCCAAGGGAGAAGUAGAGUUCCAAGUUUGCACACUUGGGAAGGAUGUCACUGUAACUAAGAGCAUGGUUUCAAUCCUGAAGGAGAAGAAGAAAGAACAUCAGAGGGUUUUCACGCCAUCAGUAAUUGAACCAUCUUUUGGUAUUGGGAGGAUAAUUUACUGUCUCUAUGAACAUUCCUUCUAUACAAGGGCUAGUAGAGGCGGGGAUGAACAGUUGAAUGUUUUCGGUUUCCCUCCACUUGUGGCUCCCAUCAAAUGCACUGUAUUCCCUUUGGUUCAGAAUCAGCAAUACGAGGAAGUUGCCAGACGCAUUGCCCGGUCAUUAACUGCUGCUGGGAUCACAUACAAGAUCGACAUAACAGGUACAUCAAUCGGGAAGCGAUAUGCAAGGACAGACGAACUUGGUGUUCCCCUUGCCAUUACAGUGGACUCAACAACUUCAGUGACACUUCGUGAUAGAGACAGCAAGCAACAGAUUCGUAUUAAUGUAGACGAAGUGGCAUCUGUAGUUAAGGAGGUUACCGAUGGUCUGAGCACUUGGGCUGAUAUGCAGUGGAAAUACCCAGCUCAUUCAUCCACAUCAGCUGAGGAUUAGAAUUGGGAUGUGGUAACCAUUACUACACUAUUUGAUGCUGUCAAAGUGGAUUUUCUCGUAUGCACAAAGUCACAAACACAUGUUAUAAUGAUGUAUUAGCAGUACCGAGCGAAUGGGAAAAUACCAGUUUUUCUUCUGAGGGUGGUCUCCAACUAGCAUUUAAUUUGACUCAAUUAGAUGAGAAUGUUGUGCCUUCUCCUUUGGUUUGAGUUUUGAACAUAUAUCCAGGGAUUACGUGUUCGUUGAAAA